AUGCGGGCGGCGGCGUCGGCCCGUCAUUACGGCUCUGUCCUUCGUGGUGCAGCGAUGAGCAAGACUGCAGCCGGCUUUCGGAGCUUCCUGCACUAUGUGUUCGAUUACGAGACCCCAAAGACGCUGGUCAUCCCCAGCAUCAGGGUGGGAUUCGUCUUCAGGUUCACCCAGCUCCUGGUGGUCCUCUACGUGGUCGGGUACGUGUGCGUGGUGCAGAAGGCCUACCAGGAGACGGACUCGGUCAUCAGCACCGUCACAACCAAAGUGAAGGGCUUUGCCUUCACCAACACCUCUGACAUGGAUCCUCGUUUCUGGGACGUGGCCGACUUCGUCAUCCCCGCUCAGGCACUCCAGCUUCACCCCCUCAUUAAUUCUCCGGCCCAUCGUUCGUGUCGGACUGGGCCACAGGGUGGGGACGAUACGUUCUUCGUGCUGACCAAUUUGGUGAUGACCCCGGCUCAAACGCAGUCGCGAUGUCCUGAGGUGGGUGUCCUGCUCCCCAACCCGUCCACCACCUGUAAGGAUGACUGCGACUGCGUGGAGGGACUCAACGACCCCCGGGGAAACGGUAUACGAACGGGGCUGUGUGAGAACUAUACCGCCACGGUCAAGACCUGUGAAGUGCUGUCCUGGUGCCCGCUGGAAGUAGACUACAAGCUGCCCGCACGACCGCUGCUGGCGGCGGCAGAAAACUUUACGGUGUUGAUAAAAAACAGCAUCACGUACCCAAAGUUCGACUUUCACAGAGCAAACAUACUGCCCCAUAUCAACUCUUCCUACUUGAGGAGGUGUGAAUUCAGCCAUGCGACGGACCCCGACUGCCCCAUAUUUCGCCUCAAACACAUCGUCUCCGAGGCUGGGGAGGACUUUCAAGACAUGGCCAUUAAGGUGGGCAGAGGCAGGCGCUCUGCUGCAAAGAUGGAGGCGGAGAACAGAUCCGAGACUGAUGCGCUUUGUGUCCCAAAGGGUGGCAUUAUUGGGAUCCUCAUUGACUGGAGCUGUGACCUGGACCUUUGGGCAAGGAUGUGCUUCCCAAAGUACAGCUUCCGCCGACUGGACAACAAGAACUCCACCAACAACGUGGCUCCGGGUUACAACUUCAGAUAUGCAAAGUACUACAAGACCCCAGAUGGACAAGAGGAAAGAACACUAAUGAAGGCCUACGGGAUCCGCUUCAACGUCAUCGUCUUCGGAACCGUGAGGCCUGAAAAGAUCAUGAGAGCGGGGAAGUUUGCAGUUGUACCAACCAUCGUGAACUUGGGUGCAGCUUUGUCCUUCCUGAGUUUGGUACCCGUGGUUGCUGACUGGUUCAUGUUAACAUGCAUGAAGAAGAAAGAUCUGUACAGCCGACAGAAAGUGUCCUACCUGAUUGAGGAGGCUGAAACCGAAUCGAAAUCAAUGAGCACCACCUAUGGGACCCACUGAACCCACUGAACCCCACUGAACCCCAUUGUCAACACGAGACAGCUUUCCAGCAAAAGAAUGUGGGCUUUCUCUAAGAAUGUAACAAAAACAAAAUAAUAGUUUAAUAAAGC